CACAAAUUUGACAGUUUUAAAAAAGUGUCAAAACAACAUCCAAAAUGUUAAAAACAUUUGUAAAGAAAGUUUUAAUGAAACCAAGACUUUUCAAACAUUUUUACUCGACUGAGGCCACUUUUCAAACAGAACCUUUUCGUCUGCACCGCCUCGAUGAAGGGCCUGCCACCCAAGUCACCCUCACAAAACCCGAUGCUUUGACCAUCUACGAUCGAAUGCAAACCAUUCGCAAAAUGGAAAUGGCCAUCAGUAAAUUAUACACAGCGAAAGCAAUCCGGGGCUUCUGUCACCUCUAUGCCGGUCAAGAAGCCGUGGCAGUAGGCAUCCAAUCCAACGUCCGCCUCAACGAUGUCAUCGUUACCAGUUACAGAAACCAUGCUUGGACUCUCUUAAAUUAUAAUUUAGACCCAUCUCCUGUUGUCUGCGAGCUUAUGGGGACCACAGGCGGGUGUUCAAAAGGCAAAGGGGGUUCCAUGCACAUGUACGGCAAAAAUUUCAUCGGGGGUAGUGGCAUUGUUGGGGCUCAUGUACCAUUGGGCGCAGGUGUAGCCCUUUCUUUCAAAUACAAAAAUGAAGAUGGGGUUGCCAUAACGGUAUACGGAGACGGGGCUGCCAAUAACGGACAAGUCUUUGAAGCCUUCAAUAUAGCAAAAAUGUGGAAUUUGCCUUGUUUAUUCCUCUGCGAGAACAAUUUAUUUGGCAUGGGGACAAGUGUUGAAAGACAUGCGGCCAAUAGAGAUUUUUACACCAGAGGGGAUUUAAUUCCGGGAAUUUGGGUUGACGGUAUGGACGUUUUAACGAUGAGAGAAGCCGCAAAAUUUGCAUUUAAUCAUUGUAUCUCUGGCAAAGGCCCCAUUAUUCUCGAAGCCCAAACUUACCGAUACUUUGGACACUCCAUGUCUGACCCCGGGACUAGUUAUAGAACUCAUGAAGAAGUUAAAGAGAUGCGGAGUAGAAGAGACCCCAUUACAAAUUUUAAGCAAAAAAUUUUAGACGCAAAACUUGUAACUGAAGAUGAGCUUAAGGAAAUCGAAAACAAGCGUAAAAAAACUGUGGAUGAUGCUAUAAAUAAGUGUAAAAAAGACAAAGAAGUGGGACUUGAAGAACUGACUUAUAAUAUUUAUUCCAAUGACCUUUAUAAGGAAAUUCGGGGAGUUAGUCCUUUUCAUAAGCUACAGCAUAAAGUAGUGGGAAUUUAAAAUGAAUGAAAAAUAAUACAUUUUGAA